UUUGCUCCACAGUUUAGGGAAGGACUAUGUAGGCAGGCUGAGUGCUUUGUUUACGCAGUGGAUGAACGGAUUCAAAGGCAGACCGCAGCCAGUUGCCGUAGCCAUCCUAUCAGUCGGAAUGCCCUUGAACGAAUCUCAGAACAACAGCAACGCUGAACUUGAUGUGGAAACAACUCUUCCCUCUGGGGGCACUGACUUAGACUCUUAUGCCUUUGAGGGGCUGCUACAUGAGUGCUGAUCUGCAGAUAAGUUUCUUGUUUAGCACCUUUUAUAAACCAGCCUCCAACCGUGCAAAAUUCAGAUUCCAGCAUUCUUAACUUUAAAAUACUGUUAAUGAGUUUGUUUUAUUGAUUCACUUUUUUAAAAAGAGUUUUCUAAAGUUUGCAGUCUUUCGGAAUAAACAGCAAACAGCUUGUAAAGAUUUCUCUCCCCUAUUGCGCCUAGAAGCUGAGUGAGCUUGCAAGGGAGUCCUAGCCAGGUAUGAUGGCCUUAUUGGGAAGCCCUGGAAUACAAAAGCCAUUGAGCCUUGCAACAGAAACAGGUGUGUUUGUGUGUUGCCGCUUCCUCUCUCUCUUUUCCAGUAGGGCAUAUGAUCGCCAAGCCCUUCCUGAUCAGCUUUAUUAACCUUAGAAUAGUUGAUGAUUCUUCUGCAGUGAUGAGUGGAGCUACCUGCCAAGCUGGAACAGGCUUCACCUUUGACGUCCAGUUGGGUGUGUCUGUGGAUACUAUUUUAAGCUUUGCUUGCAAGCAGAGCCUCAGAGAUAACUUGAGUGUAGCGGAGCUGUACUAACUACAGCUAUUCAGCCUGUACAGAAAUGGAUACCAAAACUUCAGGACAAGCUCCCGUCGGCACAGCGUCUGAAAAUAUUCCUUCUGGAGUGGAUGUUUUCAGAACCAUACCGUAUGCCUUGAUUCUGCCAGAGCUGAUCUUUGGCUGCUGGGUCUGGAUCCUCGUAGCGGCUACCAAGGUGUACUUCCCUUUGCUGCAGGGAUGGGUCAUGUAUGUCUCCCUCAGUUCCUUUAUCAUCUCGCUGAUGCUUCUAAUGUCCUACCUGUUUGGCUUCCACAAAAACUUCGCCUCCUGGAGAAUCCUGGAUAGCCUUUACCAUGGAGCUACUGGCAUCCUUUACAUGAGUGCUGCAGUCCUUCAGGCCAAUGCAACGAUCCGCUCAGAGACAGAAAUAGUGAACCCAGAUAUUUCGCCCCUCUACUAUCAGCUCAAUGCUGCUGCUACGUUCUUUGCAUUCGUCACCACGCUGCUGUAUAUUCUUCAUGCCUUCAGCAACUACUACCAGUGAAAACUGCCGGGAACGUAUAUAACAUAAGGCCUAAAUUCCCCUACAUGGAAUCCGUGUCCCAAAGCAAAUCCACAUUUGCGUAAGGACAGAGCCCAGUUGAAAUUGUGGCCGUUCAUCACCCAGCGCCUUCUCAUUUUAGGUGAAAAAGAUAUUGGGUUUUAUUUCAACCUGCCAUUUCACUCAAGCUGUGUUGUGUAAGAAACUGCAGUAGAAAUAUUACCACCCAAUCCUUGAUUAUGACAGUUAUCCAGAGUCAUGGUCUGUUCCCCAGAGUUGUGCCUUGGAAAACCUGUGUAAACAAUACACCAAUUUUUCUAAAUCAGUGUGUGUUUGUGGGGGGGGGGAGGGUCUUCUUCAAAGUACUUGUAUGAUUUCCAAACCCACUCCUCUGGUGAUGAAGCCAGAGCAGACACAUCGCAGAGGAUUCUGCAAUAUUUUCUAGGUGGGCACACAUCAUAAGAGGCAUUGGAGUCUGUGGAGCCCUACCGUUGCCCAGCUUAAACUCAGAAAUGUGCUCUCAAAUGUGCCUCACAAUCUCCCGCCUCUGCGUGUCACAGGAAACAUGGGUGGCAGCGGGCAAACUGUCUUUUAGGGAGGCUUGUCUGAGACUAUAUUUUUCUGACUAGGUUCCUUUGAGAAGCUUCCAGACAAUUCCAGAGCUUCCCUGAAGAACAGUUUGAGAACUAUUCCCUCAGGGGAAUGUUUCGCCUGACUAUGACCGCCACAAACAAACGAAUACCGUUGUCCAGAUGACCAUUAAGAAAGAUUCAUGUGUUACUUUCAGAUGCUGUAGUAUUGUCACGUGGUAUUUUUACCUCAUCAAAUGCCUGUGGGACGUAUAUUUUGAAAAUGUUCCUGCAAGUGGCAAAAGAUUUUAUUUACUUCAGGGGAUGAAUAAAUAUAAACUCUGGGUUGUCAUCCUGUCACAAUGAUAUUGCUGGGUCAAAGAGCAACAUGUGAAUUGCCCAUUCAAUACUGCUGAUAUAUGCUAAAGGUUUUUCUGUCCUUUGUUAUUACAGAGAAUGUUUGUUUUUAUGGGGAAACAUGAAGUAACUUAUUGGUAAAUCUGUGUGGUUUUUAUAUAUAUAUAAAACAGUUUUGUUCUCCGUUUUAUAAUGCUAUAUUAGUGAACUACCUUUUGCUAGGACAAUAUGGCUGACUGUUCUCUCUCUCUGUGAUUGGCUCACUUGUGUUUCUUUUGCUGUUGCUGUAAAAUAAAUCUCACUGGAGAUCUGCCUCCCACUA